UUCACUAGCAGGCCUAGCUAGAUACUUUACAUUUUCUUUUAACGUGCAGCUCCAAUCAUACGCAUAAAUAUACAGAUCUCUGUCUGAAACAAAAGCAGUCAAUAUUCACAAAACAAGGCAAUAGACCAAAAAAACAGGGGAAAAUGCACAAUUUGAUAAAAAGUCGUGCUCUCCUCGAGAUUCUUAAGUCUCCUGUGCAAGAUCUUGACUUCAUAAAGGAAAUCCAGGUGGAAAAUGAAAAUAAAUCUGGCAAACUGGCAGUUACAAGUACAGUGAAGCUAAAUGUUAAUGCACAAGAGUUUGUGCCACGUUUUAAAACCGAGGAGUCGAGCAAAGAUGAGGCUGAAGUCGUUACCAAUGAAAUAAAAAAAACGUUUGAGACUUUGGAUGAGCAGAAUACCAAUACUAAUUUAAUGUUGCCUUGGAAAGGAUUUCCUAAGAAAGCUGAAACAAGUACUCGAAAUACCCGUAUAGUUUGGUUUAACGAUGCUGACUAUAUUAUUCGUCCUUGCGCAAAGCGAACUAAGAAGUCGAAGGAUGAAAAACCACUUGUCGACAUGGUUGAACACCCCGACCCCAAGGAAACUCUUCCGAGUACAUCUACCAAUUCUAAUAAAAAUGCUGAGGAAAAGCGCCGUGAAAAGGAAAGAAAAGUAGCUGUGGAAGCCUUGAAAUUGGCAGAACAAAGGCGCAUGAGGGCUCCAUUAGUUCCGUCGACUCCGGCCAAUGAGAAUUGCAAUGAUGGCCAACCAGUUGUCCAUCUCUCCCGAUCGCCCAUAAGAUUUUCUCCAGAGGAAAGAAUAAGAGUGGAUAGUUUGAGGGCCGCAAAGAGGGAGCGCAUCGAAAGGGUCCUUCGCGAAAUGACAAAUGAGAAACAGGAGCAACUGGAUAAAUUGGAAAAACUGGAGAAACUGGAACAACAGGAGAAAUUGCAGCAGGAGAAACAGAUUAGUCACGAUCCCAUGAAUCAUGUCCCUAUUCAAAAGGAAACGGAAAAGAAGGAGGCGGUGGCCUUAGUCCGCAAAAAUAGAUAUAUUCCCACCACCAAGGAAUGGGACGAGCGAUGUCGGGCCAAGCAGAUGGCUAAGAUGGAGGCGGAAAAGAAGGACUCAAAGGACUCCAGUUCCAGCAAAGCUAACUCGGUUAACCCAAGUCUGGUAGAGAUCACCUCUUCGGGGGUCAUCAGACUGGGCGAUCUCAGGGCUGUGGCUAAGCCUCGCUAUUGUCCUCCUGGUGAACUAAUGGAAACGGAGAAACGCAAAGGAAAUCUUACCCAUUUCCGGCCUCUUUCUAACUGGACAUCCCGUCAAAAUCCCCACACUACCUUGAAUACCAUUUCCAAUCACAAGGGAAAAAUAGUCCAACGCUAUAGCAUUGAGCAAUUGCUGGAAUUUGAACCGCAACCUGGAGAUCUUACAAAACCCAUUUUAGAUGAGGCUGUCUAUCAUUUGGGUUUUCUAUGCAUUUGAAUCAAAGAACGUUUUAUUCUCUUCAGAAAUUUCCUUAACUUCUUCCUCGUUUUGCACUCAUUCAGUUUCUAAUUAGUUGUGCAAUUUUCCAUCAAAGAUUUUCCUUGUCACCUUAAUUGUUAUUAUGCGUGGAAGCUGAAGAGAAAAUUCCCAUUCCAAAACAAACAAAUAAA